UAGCUUGUUUUUCGCGCUAUCGGAGGCGCGUCGCGUCAAGUGUACUGGGAGACCGCGUAGCAUUUUAUAAGUCUCCAACCCAAAAACCUCUCUCAUCCAUCUUCCACUCUACAUCCCAUACAACAGACAUCGUAUCUACAAAUUUUAGACAUAUGCUUGUGCAUAAAGUCUAUUGUGACUUCAAUCUAUCUUCUUGAAGUCUGCAGAACGAUUGAUUCCAUCCUUUCCACAUUCCUUGCGUCUCGACCUCCCCGCCGCUCUCCCUUCUUCGGGUUGUUCACCAUCCGCCUUCACGAUGUAUGUCAAGAAGCGCGAUGGACGCCAGGAGCGUGUCCAGUUCGACAAGAUCACUGCCCGUGUCUCGAGGCUCUGUUAUGGUCUCGACGCAGACCAUGUCGAUCCGGUAGCUAUCACCCAGAAGGUUAUUUCCGGUGUGUAUGGAGGUGUGACCACUGUGCAGCUGGAUGAUCUCGCUGCCGAGACUGCCGCCUACAUGACCGUUACCCACCCAGACUAUGCCAUUCUUGCGGCCCGCAUUGCCGUAUCCAACCUUCACAAGCAAACAAAGAAGCAAUGGUCUUCAGUCGUAAGCGAUCUAUACCACUAUGUCAACCCCAAGAACAAUAAGCCCUCGCCUAUGAUCUCCCAACAAACAUAUGACUCGGUCAUGAAGCACAAGGAGGAACUUGACUCAGCCAUUGUCUAUGAUCGAGAUUUCAACUACCAAUACUUUGGCUUCAAGACCCUGGAGCGAUCAUACCUCCUGAAGCUCAACGGCAAAAUUGCUGAGCGGCCGCAGCAUAUGAUUAUGCGUGUUGCUGUUGGUAUCUGGGGCGAUGAUGUCGAAAGGGUCAUCGAGACGUACAACCUCAUGUCUAGCAAGUACUUCACACAUGCAUCUCCCACACUCUUCAAUGCUGGUACUCCUCAGGCCCAACUGUCUUCCUGCUUUCUGGUCGACAUGAAGGAGGACAGCAUCGAGGGUAUCUAUGACACCCUGAAGACCUGUGCCAUGAUCUCAAAGAUGGCAGGUGGCAUUGGCCUCAAUGUUCAUCGCAUUCGUGCGACUGGUUCUUACAUUGCUGGCACGAACGGAACAUCAAACGGCAUUGUCCCCAUGCUGCGUGUCUUCAACAACACUGCGAGAUACGUCGAUCAGGGUGGCAACAAGCGUCCCGGUGCCUUCGCUAUCUACCUUGAGCCAUGGCACGCGGAUGUCUUCGAGUUUCUUGAUCUCCGUAAGAACCACGGCAAGGAGGAAGUCCGUGCUCGCGAUCUUUUCCUCGCUCUUUGGAUUCCUGAUCUCUUCAUGAAGCGAGUCGAGAGAAACGGCGACUGGACUUUAAUGUGCCCCAAUGAGUGCCCUGGUCUGGCUGAUGUCUACGGCGAUGAGUUCGAGGCUCUGUACGAGAAAUACGAGGCCGAGGGACGCGGCAAGUCGAUCAAGGCCCAGAAGCUCUGGUAUGCCAUCCUCGAGGCGCAGACCGAGACUGGUAACCCUUUUAUGCUCUACAAGGAUCACUGCAACCGCAAGAGCAACCAGAAGAACCUUGGCACCAUCCGCAGCUCCAAUCUUUGCACAGAGAUCAUCGAGUACUGCGCUCCUGAUGAGGUUGCUGUGUGCAACCUGGCAUCCAUGGCUUUGCCCUCGUUCGUUGAUUACAACUCGGGCACGUAUGACUUUCAGAAGCUUCAUGAGGUCACACAGGUCGUUGUUCGCAAUCUGAACAAGAUUAUCGACGUCAACCACUACCCUGUACCUGAGGCACGGAACAGCAAUAUGCGACACCGACCUGUUGGUCUUGGUGUCCAGGGUCUUGCUGACGCUUUCUUGGCUCUCCGCAUGCCCUUCGAGUCACCAGAGGCCAGACAGCUGAACAAGCAGAUCUUCGAGACCCUCUACCAUGCUGCAUUGACGGCCUCCAUGAACCUCGCCAAAGAGCAGGGUCCCUACUCCACCUACGAAGGCUCUCCUGUCUCCAAGGGUAUCCUCCAGUAUGACAUGUGGAACGUUACUCCAUCUGACCUCUGGGAUUGGGAGUCACUGAAAGCUCAGAUCAAGGAACAUGGUAUUCGCAACAGCUUGUUGAUGGCGCCCAUGCCUACUGCUUCCACCUCUCAGAUCCUGGGCAACAAUGAGUGCUUCGAGCCCUACACGUCCAACAUUUACUCUCGUCGUGUUCUGGCUGGCGAUUUCCAGGUUGUCAACCCCUGGCUCCUCAAGGACCUGGUCGACAUGGGUCUCUGGUCUGACAACAUGAAGAAUCGUAUUAUUGCCGAGAACGGUUCCGUUCAGAACAUCCCCAAUAUUCCCGCCGAAGUCAAGGCCCUGUACAAGACCGUUUGGGAAAUCUCACAGAGGACCGUCGUUCAGAUGGCCGCCGAUCGUGGCGCCUUCAUUGACCAGUCCCAGUCUCUGAACAUCCACAUGAAAGACCCCACCAUGGGCAAGAUCACCAGCAUGCACUUCGCCGGCUGGAAGCUUGGACUGAAGACAGGCAUGUACUACCUGAGAACCCAGGCUGCUGCUGCUCCUAUCCAGUUCACCGUUGAUCAGGAGGCAUUGAAAGUACCUGGAGCGGAAGCAUCAACAAGACCUUUCGGGGGACUGAAGAAGCGAGCGCCGCCCUCGGGCAGCUAUGUUUCGUCACCUUCAGCCGUGCCUCGGGCCAUUAGCAACAGCAAUAUCGUCAACAAUGCUAAUGGGAUGCCGACGCCCAGCGCUACGCCCCCGCCUAUGAGCCGUCCAGCUGCACCGCCGAUGGAAGCGGCUCCUUUCAGGGCGGACAUUGAUGAGGGUGAAAGCCCAAAGGCUCUGGCCACCGAGCCCACUGAGAAUGUGAAGGCGGAGAACCUACCAGAGCCAGUGCUUGAUGGCAGCAACUCCCCGCGCCAGGAAGAGGAUAAGACCACGGACAGCAAGGACCGUGAGUACGAUAUCUACAAUGAGGCUGUCUUAGCCUGCAGCAUUGAGAACCCUGAAUCCUGCAUAAUGUGCAGUGGUUAAGGGGCCCAUCAUGCCGAGGCUGUGAAGCGAUGACGAUACGAGGGCCGAUGACGGAUGUUAAGGUGAUGGGACAUUUCCUCUACUGCGUAUUCCCAUGCUGCUUGGAGCAUCUGUCUGACGGGCAGACGAGCUAUGGCGGAAAGCAGAUCAAUGCAUUUGUAUUAUGGGUUAGGGAUCGUAUUGUUUUCUGCUGGAUUGGGGUUACGGGGUUUUGUCAUGUGUUUUUUGCUCAAUAUUUCCCCCCAACUGCGCACAUUUGUUUAAGUAGUUUUCUAUAAGCCUACCAAAGUCCGGAGGCGGCUCUUGCUUCUCUGCAAGGUGAGAUCGAUGAAUAAAUCAGUGUUCAAUGAG